AUGUCGUUUUCGGCGCGGACAGCUCUCUCUCUCUCUCUCUCUGUCUGUCUGUCUGUCUGUUUCUCUCUCUCUCCCUCUCUCUGUCUCUCUGUCUGUCUGUCUGUUUCUCUCUCUCUCUCUCUGUCUCUCUGUCUCUCUGUCUGUUUCUCUCUCUCUCUCCCUCUCCCUGUCUGUCUGUCUCUCUCUUUUUCUCCCUCUGUCUCUCUGUCUGUUUCUCUCUCUCUCUUUCUCCCUCUCUCUCCCUCUCUCUAUUUGUCUGUCUGUCUCUCUCUCUUUCUCCUUCUGUCUGUCUGUUUUUCUCUCUCUUCCUCUCUCUGUCUGUCUGCUUCUCUUUCUUUCUCCCUCUGUCUGUCUGUCUGUUUCUCUCCCUCUGUCUGUCUCUCUCUCUCUUUCUCCCUCUGCCUGUCUGUCUGUUUCUCUCUCUCACUCUCUCUCUCUCUGUCUCUUUCUCCCUCUGUCUGUUUCUCUCUCUCUCUCUCUCUCUCUCUCUCUCUCGUUGCUAGCAUUACGCUUAAAAUAAAUGACUUUAUCUAUCUAUCUAUCGAUCUAUCUAUCAGCGUAUUCAAAUCUAUCAGCUUAUUCAAAUCUAUCUAUCUAUCUAUCUAUCUAUCGAGCCUUCUAUAUCCUUUACUUACUGACCUCUCUUUGCUACUAACCGCCUCUGUAGGCAUUUGA